AUGAACGCCCCUCUCGGUGGAAUCUGGUUCUGGCUCCCUCUGGUCUUGACCUGGCUCACCCCCGAGGUCAGCUCUUCAUGGUGGUACAUGAGAGCUACAGGUGGCUCCUCCAGGGUGAUGUGUGACAAUGUGCCAGGCUUGGUGAGCCGCCAGCGCCAGCUGUGCCACCGACACCCAGACGUGAUGCGAGCCAUUGGCCUGGGCGUGGCCGAGUGGACCACAGAGUGCCAGCACCAGUUCCGCCAGCACCGCUGGAACUGCAAUACUCUAGACAGGGAUCACAGCCUCUUUGGCAGGGUCCUUCUCAGAAGUAGUCGGGAAUCUGCCUUUGUUUAUGCCAUCUCCUCAGCUGGAGUCGUAUUCGCCAUCACCAGGGCCUGUAGCCAAGGAGAAUUAAAAUCCUGUUCCUGUGAUCCAAAGAAGAAGGGAACCGCCAAGGACAGCAAGGGCACUUUCGAUUGGGGUGGCUGCAGUGAUAACAUUGACUAUGGGAUCAAAUUUGCCCGAGCAUUUGUGGAUGCCAAGGAGAGGAAAGGAAAGGAUGCCAGAGCCCUGAUGAAUCUUCACAACAACAGAGCUGGCAGGAAGGCUGUAAAGCGGUUCUUGAAACAAGAGUGCAAGUGUCAUGGUGUGAGUGGCUCAUGUACUCUGAGGACAUGCUGGCUGGCCAUGGCUGACUUCAGAAAAACGGGCGACUAUCUCUGGAGGAAGUACAAUGGGGCCAUCCAGGUGGUCAUGAACCAGGACGGCACUGGUUUCACUGUGGCUAACAAGAGGUUUAAGAAGCCAACGAAAAAUGACCUCGUGUAUUUUGAGAAUUCUCCAGACUACUGUAUCAGGGACCGAGAGGCAGGCUCCCUAGGUACAGCAGGCCGUGUGUGCAACCUGACUUCCCGAGGCAUGGACAGCUGUGAAGUCAUGUGCUGUGGGAGAGGCUACGACACCUCCCGCAUCACCCGGAUGACCAAGUGUGAGUGUAAGUUCCACUGGUGCUGCGCUGUGCGCUGUCAGGACUGCCUGGAGGCCCUGGAUGUGCACACGUGCAAGGCCCCCAAGAGCGCCGACUGGGCGACCCCUACAUGA